CGAAGAGAAGAGAGACGAGGCUAUUAUCGGUAUUAAAAAAUAUACAUUCGACCGUCGUUCUAAUUUGGGUCUUUAAUGGGCCUAUGCACGAGUGAAAUACUAAACGCAAUAAAUAAAUACUAGCAUUUACAUAAUUUCUAGUUUUACCCUCAAUGUUAUAGCAGAUUUACAAACAAAACCAUGAAUAUCAGAUCUAGAGUGAGAGAGAGAGAUUAGUUUUUCCGAUUCCUCGCCGCCGUUCAUCAAUCUCUCCGUCGUGUUUCUGCCAUCACCUCUCCACCAAAAUUUCUCUCUCGCGUUAGCUUUACUUUUUUUGAGUUUGUUUAGGGAUAAAAAUGGCUGGAGAAGGUGAAGAAGAUGUACCUAGAGAUGCUAAGACUGUGAAAUCUUUGCUUAAGUCGAUGGGUGUAGAAGACUACGAGCCUCGUGUGAUACACCAGUUUCUGGAGUUAUGGUACCGGUAUGUGGUCGAAGUCUUGACAGAUGCUCAGGUUUACUCAGAGCAUGCUAGCAAAUCCAACAUUGACUGCGAUGAUGUCAAGCUCGCUAUUCAAUCCAAAGUUAAUUUCAGCUUCUCACAGCCACCUCCAAGAGAGGUUCUAUUAGAGCUUGCUGCAAGCAGGAACAAGAUCCCUCUGCCAAAAUCGAUAGCAGGACCUGGUGUUCCACUCCCACCUGAACAGGACACAUUGCUGAGCCCAAAUUACCAGCUCGUGAUACCGAAGAAGUCAGUUUCCACAGAACCUGAAGAAACCGAGGACGAUGAAGAAAUGACAGAUCCUGGGCAGUCCUCUCAAGAACAACAGCAGCAACAACAAGCAUCAGACCUUCCAAGCCAAACUCCUCAAAGGGUCUCUUUUCCACUCUCUAGACGACCCAAAUAAGUAGAUAGGCAAAAAGAAAAACUAUUAAUGUUAUGUAUCAACAAGUAGAAUGUAACAGAAUCAAAUAUCAAUGACCAAAGUCAGUUAUUAUGGACCA